CUCCAAAGAGACGCUGAAAGGACAAAUACGCAUGAGGGAGUCAAGAUGCUGGUUGGUUUCCUUUUUCUGCUCCUUAUCUCUGAUGAGAUUAAUUCUGAGCAGAACUGCAGUUAUCAGGAUGUUUUGAACUAUUUAAACCUGUCAAGUAACAACGAGCUGUACUCCAUGACCCGGCCCGUCAAAAACUAUAAAAAUCCCACACUAGUGUCACUGGAAGUUCUGCUCUAUGCCAUCCUAGAUGUGGUUGAAAAAGACCAGAAAUUUAUUCCUUAUGUGUGGACUGUCACAAGGUGGAACAACGAAUACAUUUCUUGGGAUCCAGAUCAGUUUUGUGGAAUUGAUAAUGUUUCUCUACGUACUGAAAUUUUAUGGAAACCAGAUCUUACGAUUGUAGAAAUGACAGAGAAAGACAAAGCCCCUCCCAGUCCUUACCUCACCAUCAACAACAAAGGAGACGUUGAAGUUCAGAACGACCAGGUGUUAGUGAGCACUUGCAGGAUGCAUAUAUACAAGUUUCCUUUUGACAUUCAGAGCUGCAACCUCACCUUCAGGUCCAUCAUACACACGGCCAGAGAGAUCCGUCUGCAGCCGAGUGACAACUCUUCAGAGGCCACAGAGUGGUCUCGGGAAGUGAUGCGGACUCAGUAUGAGUGGCUGUUCAUCGACAUGAUCGUCACUGCAAACAACGCUACCAUUUUAACUGAUCCAGAUGUCGUCAUUUACACUAUCACGAUGAAGAGGAGGUCUCUGCUGUACAUUGUCAACUUCCUGCUGCCGGUUCUCUUCUUCUUGUGUUUGGACUUGGCCUCCUUCAUGAUCUCAGACUACGGUGGAGAGAAGCUCAGCUUUAAAGUCACCGUGCUGCUGGCCAUUACAGUGCUGCAGCUCAUUCUCAAUGAAAUUCUGCCGUCCUCCUCUGACAGAGUCCCACUCAUAGCCGGUUAUUGCAUCGGGAUUUUUGCUCUGAUGAUGCUCAGCCUCCUGGAGACGAUUUUCGUGAUGUAUCUGAGACAGAAAAGCUCCCAAGAUACAGAGAGAGACGGAUGCAUGAUCCAGGAAUCUAUCAAGUCUAACAAAGAAUCACAUGACUGGACCUCAGGUGGAUUUAUCUACAACGUGUCUUCUAGUGAAACCGGUGAGAUCCUGCCUGGUGCCAAAGAGGACAGAAGCAGCAAACUGCUGGGGGAGUGCUACACCCUGGAGAGGCUUUCAGAUGAGCUGAGGGCGAUGCAGAAGAUGUUAACUCUGCUCUUCAAGUCCAACAAAGACGAGGAGACGAGUGGCUACUGGAACAGAGUGGCUACAAGAGUUGACAAAGCUUUCUUUUUUUUCUACGUCCUUGUGGUCAUCCUUUUCCUGGUUUUCAUUUUCUUAGAGUGGCAAAGGGAUUCCAUCGAUACUACAUAACACAAUUCAGGUCUACAUCUAUGUAGCCAUGAUCCAAGUCAUCUGAAUAACUGCAUCCUGAUUUUGCUGUACUUAUAAUAACCUGAUUAAUAUAUCUAUCUGUUCCAUAUUAAAGCACAGUGGCAUAUAUGUAAAGCUAUUCAUCAGAAGUUGUUCAGCUGAAAAAACAUAUUUAAUUUAGUAGCAGAAAAGAAAGAGGAAACGGUCUUAGUAAUUAUCAAACGCUCACUUUUCCCUUUUACGUCAUUAGUUAAUUUUGAAGUUAUAGUUUGCUGAAAGUGCACAAGCCAGCACAGUAAAAUAACAUGUUGUGGAAUAAAGCUGUUAAAAUAAAUGAGCACUGCAGGUUAAAAGACAAAUUUACUUUACAGAGUUAUGCAAAAAUCAAAUACUUUCAGCUGCACAAGAGAUCCCAUUAGGAUCCAUCGUAACUUUAACUUUAUUAGAUUAUUAGCAUGAUUUAUGGGGUUUUUCAGUAAACUAAAGCAAUUCAGUCACACCAGUAAUAUGUGCUUCUGAAAUAUUUAUCUAAAAGUAGAAUUUUUUAUAUAUAUUUGUUUGUCCUGCUGCCUGCUUAAUCUGGAUGGAGAUCAUCUACACUAAAAAUGUAGUGACUACGUUCAAAAAUUCACCAGAGCUCUUUGGAUUUUCAGAAAACAAAAUUGUUGGUAUAAAAUAAUUUGAUCUGAUUACAGAACACCAGUCUUCUUUGGUAUUGUAUAAUAGUUUAAAGUGAAAAUAGAGCCAGAUUGCUGGCUGCUUGGCAAUGAGAAAUGGAAAUCUCACUCUGCGGGUUUUUCCUGAAUUAGAUGUGCAACAUCAGGUAGAAAAGUGUAUAUAAAACUUGCAUAGUUCUCCAUUAUUGUCAAAAUAAAUGAUGUUCUGCACCCAUCGGUCUGCCCUGGUGGUUCUGGUGAUCAUUUAGUCCCACAGGCUUUCAAAGGUUUGUUCUGUUUCUGACAUUUAACAUCUUAUUUAAAAGCCCAGUUUACCCAUAUCCUGGUCGAAGCUAAAGAGCUCAUCAGUGGUUUCACAUAUCCACUCAGCAUUCCAGUGAAAGUGCUGCUUUAUGUCAUUAAUAUUUAAAUUAUGAACUGAGGCAGGUGGAUGCAUUCAUGUCAAGCAUUUAAGUAUAAUAAACAAAGAAGCAAUAGAUUUCAUAACAACUUUGUCAGAAACAGACAGGAAAAAUAUGGGCCAUGUUGUGAUACCACAGAAUUUAUAUUAAUAUUAUAGCUUACAUGCAGUACCAGUCUGUCUGUAUCAAAUUUAAAAAUUAGUUUUUUGCCUUAUCUAUCUGGGCAGAGUUACAUCUUUUUCUAUAUUGUCUCUUUUG